CCAUAUCCUUCCAAUCUUGUAUGACCCAGCUAUUUACAGAGCACCUUUUCGGUGGAUCAGAGGUCAUUCUUCUGCUGGUGAUGGCUUAUGACCGCUAUGUGGCCAUCUGUAAGCCCUUGCGUUAUUUGGUUGUCAUGAGGCAAGAGGUGUGUGUUGUGCUGCUGGUAGGGUCCUGGGUUGGAGGUUUUCUGCAUUCAGCCAUUCAAGUUAGCACGAUUUAUAGUCUCCCAUUCUGUGGUCCCAAUGUCAUUGAUCAUUUCAUCUGUGAAAUGUACCCCUUACUGAGACUUGCCUGUACUGACACAUAUGUCAUUGGCCUGUUAGUGGUGGCCAACGGAGGGAUGAUGUGCACAAUUGUGUUUGUGCUCUUGCUCAUCUCUUAUGGUGUCAUCUUGCACUCUCUAAAGAACCUUAGUCUGGAAGGGAGGCGGAAAGCCCUCCAGACCUGUGGUUCCCACAUCACUGUGGUGGUCUUCUUCUUUGUGCCAUGUAUUUUCAUGUACGUGAGACCUGCUAAGACCUUCCCCGUUGACAAAUCAUUGAGUGUUUUAUACAGUCAUAACCCCCAUGCUGAACCCCCUGAUCUACACUCUGAGAAAUUCUGAGAUGACAAAUGCUAUAACGCAGCUGUGGAGGAGAAUGUGCACAUGAAGUAGUAAGUGAGUGUAUCAUCCCUC